AUUUACCGUUAUAACUAAUUAAGUGCUGUAGCUAUUUCUUAUAUUCGCUGUCAAGAAUCGUAUUAUAGUUGCGUCUUGCGGAUUGCGGUUUCUCAGUGACAAUGUGAUAUCUACUUUAAGGACUACCUACCCACUAGUAUUAUUUUUUAUUAUGAUCGUUUCAAAAUAUUUUAAACAAGAUCCAUUUAAAUGUGUCAAGGGAAAUAUCUUCGAAAUUCCUUAUAAUCAUAUUAAGCAGUUUUCUUAACUAUAAGUAAAAUAUAAGUAUUGUCAUAUUGCUGUGAUAUUUCAUCGUUCAAGAUUCUCAACCUCAAAAAUGGAAGAAGACGAAGAAUACAUUGAAAACACCUGGACUUAUGUUACAUUAUGUGGUGAACCAACUCUCUAUGAAGGGCUACGAUUUGCAAAAGAUUUAGUUUUAGCAAAUCUUUGUUUACGUUUUCUUAUACAGUACAUUCCUAUGCCUCAAAAUGUGAGACACAGUGUUUCGCUGGUUUUGGGAAGUUUUCUGUUGUACUUCAACAUUGGACCUGCUUCAGUAUGGACUAUAGGAAUAACUGCUGGGUCAUACAUUUUAAUUACUUUUUUAUCAAUGUUUACAAAAAAAUAUAGAGGGCUUAUAGUUUCUAUUUGUGUAAUUUUAUUUUUGUUACUUUGUGAGGUUUAUGUAGUAAAUCCGAAGAUGUGGCAGCAAAUCAGAGGAGUACAGAUGAUAGCUGCCAUGAAAAUUAUUUCAGUUGCGAUUGAAUUGGAUAGAAAUUUAUUUAAACAAAUGUUAAAUCCAAUUGAGUUUGGUGGAUACAUAGUCUGCCCGGCUAAUUGUAUUUUAGGACCAUGGAUAUCAUUUCAUACUUAUAAUCAGUAUCUUGAUAUUAAAUUCUUAUCAAAAAGGUGGAUAAAAAUAAUUUUAUUUAAUUUAGGUAUAUCAAUGAUGUUUUUAGUGCUAUCAAAUUGUAUAGUGCCUUGGUAUAUUGACGAUGAUGUAACCAAAUGGCUAGUUGCCUACCGUGAUGCUCAAGCAUUCAGAAUGUCACAUUAUUUUGUGUCUAGCAUGUCUAUAGUAUCCAUGACUAGUGCAGGAUUUGGAUUAACUAAUGAUUGCCAUUCUGAACUACAAGUAACUAAGCCUUUUUUUAUUGAAUUACCGAGAUCAUUAGUACAAGUUGUUAUAUUUUGGAACAUUCCAAUGCACCAAUGGUUAAAAAACUAUGUAUUUAAAACUUGUCAACCUUAUGGCCAGUUUAUUGCUAUCUUUACAACAUAUACUGUGUCGUCUUUGCUCCAUGGCCUUAACUUCCAGUUCUCUGCUGUUCUAUUGAGUAUUGGAACAUUCUCAUAUGUAGAGUAUAAUUUUAGAUACAAAGUCGCAUCUGCCUUAGAAGUUUGCUGUCUUGCAAAUCCUUGUGUAAAACAAUGUGAACAUAAGUAUAAGAAAAACAGUUUUUUGGCUGUAUUUGUUAACACUUUGUUCUCUAUGAUAACAAUGAUGCAUCUUGCUUAUCUUGGUGUGAUGUUUGAGGCGUCUUUCUCAUUACAAGAAUCCGGUUAUUCUUAUUUUCAUACCAUAAACAAAUGGGAAAAUUUAAACUUCUUCAGUCAUGGCUUUGCAGUUUUUAUGUAUAUAAUAUACUUAAUGAUGUGAUAAUAUAAAUAAGCAAUAAUCUCUUAACUUACCCUUUUUUAUUAAGAUUGCAUGAUCUCAUUAUUAAGAAUUUAUUUUUAAAAAUUAAGAUGUGAAACAUAUAGACCUUUUUUUAUGAUCUUACUUUUUUCAUUAUAUUUUGAAUUUUUGGAAAUCUUGUUUAUAAUCUUUAGUAAAAUCUAUUAUGAAAUUUGUCUAUUAUAAUUAAAUAUUUCUUUUUCCAUUUUCUAUAAGUGAAUUAGGGAUAAAAAAAUUAAUAAAACCUUCUCCUUAAGUCUAACACAUAUUAGUGCACUUGUAAUAGUUUUGUAUUUCUUACAAUUUAGCAGUGUUCUUAUAAAUGGACCACAUAAGAUUAAGUAGUUAAAGUUUUUCUCACUACUAUGCAAUUACUAUUUUUAUUAAGUAGCAUCAAUCUGAUAUUUCAGUAUUACUUAUAUUUCAACUCUUACUGCCAAAAUAAAAGAAUUUGAAAAUGUGAAA